GGAAUUUUCCAUGAAAGAUGAUGAUGGCUCAUGUGAAGUAAACAGAAGACUCACUCUCUCAACUCUCACUUCAACUUUCUUCCUUCACCAGGUAAAAGGCAACCUCACACAGUCACAAACCCACGCAAAAAUAAAAAAUAAAAAAGUGAAAAAAAAAAUAGUUUCAUUUUUCUUUUUUCUUAGUUCACAUUCCUUCAAUCAAUGUAGAGAGCGACAUCUACAACAAAACCCAGUUAAUUUUCCUUCUCUCUCUUUUCCCCCAUCUUCUUUGUCGACCUCCGUUGUUUCUGAGGUCGGUUUGCAACUUUUAUAUCCUCUGUUCCGUUUUCAAUUUUUUUUUUUUGUGGCUUUUGGGGGUUGUUUUCCCUUUUGAAAAUUUUUCGAUCUUUAGUAGCAUUGAUAGUGAAAGAAGUUUGCUUUUUUGUCUGCUUCUUCUCUCUAAGCUGUUUUUCACUCCCUACAUUCUCCAAAAUUGUUUGAUUCUCCCUUAAUUUCGAUUCAUGGGUUCUUAACUCUAACAUGGCAACGCCCCAAUCUAAAUUUCAAAUCAAAGCCCCAGGAGCAUUUUUGCCAACGAUUUCUGAGAUGGAUUUUGCUGGUUUUGCUGUCUCUGACCAAGUUCAGAACAAAAUGAAGGAUUUCCCUUCUUGUUUUGGUGAAAAUGGAGUUCAAGUUGCAGAUUCUUCAUCUUCAAGCUCCAGUAAGAACGCUCAGAAUCUUGUUUCCAGUUCUUAUCAAUGCCAGAUUCGAAGCCAGUCCUGUGUGGUUACCGUCACAUGGAGUAAGAAUUUGAUGGGGCAUUGCCUCAGUGUCGGGAUCGAUGACUCUACAAAUCAGUGUCUUUGUAAGGUGGACAUCAAACCGUGGGUGUUCUCCAAGAGAAAAGGUUGCAAGAGCCUCGAGGCUUAUUCGUGUAAAAUUGAUGUAUAUUGGGACCUCUCUUCGGCGAAAUUUGGCUCCGGGCCUGAGCCAUUGGAGGGAUUUUAUGUAGGAGUUGUUGCAGAUCGGCAAAUGGUUCUCCUUCUGGGGGAUUUGAGGAAAGAAGCUUUUAAGAAGACGAAUGUUGGUCCAUUGUACUACAAUGCAGUUUUGGUUGCCAAGAAAGAACAUGUUUUUGGUAAGAAGUUGUAUGGUACCAAGGCCGUGUUUUGCAAUAAUGGUCAAGUUCAUGACCUUGUGAUUGAAUGUGACACAAGUAUUAGUGAACCGUCACUUAUGAUUCGCAUCGACAGCAAAACAGUGAUGCAAGUGAAGCAUCUGAGAUGGAAGUUCCGGGGAAAUCAUACUAUCCUGGUAGAUGGCCUUGCAGUGGAAGUUCUCUGGGAUGUGUAUAAUUGGCUCUUCAAUCCAUAUCUGGGAGAUGCUGUCUUUAUGUUCAGAACAUGCCUAUCUACUGAUAAGAUGUGGCCUGCUCAGCCUCUUUCUGAAGCAAAUCUGUUGCACUUGUCUUUCUCUCAGAGGUUUUCUGAUACCAAAUCGCAAGGUGUUGGCUUCUCGCUUAUUUUACAUGCUUGGAAGAAUGUGUAGAGAGAUGCAGGAAUCCGUCAUUGAUACUAACAGAGACCUUUUUAGUGAGUUUUGAUUUAUCAAACAUGUGAUUGAAAUAUAGUUGGCUAUAAAUGAGUCCUCUUGCUUGUCUCAUUUCCCUUGUCAAACUCAUACCCUCAAGUUAGCUGAGCUAUUUGAACUGAUCGGAAGCCAUUUUUUAUUCCAAUUGGCUGUAUAUUCGUCUUCAAAGUGUUGAUUUUAUGAUCUAUUUUGCUGAAACUAAAAUGUUGUGGUUCUUUUUCUUGUGCUAUUCAAGUGCAUUCCUAUUCUCUUUUA